ACGGCACGGCACCCCCCCCGCGCCCCCGCCCCCGCGCUGCGGAGAAUGGGCACCUCGGGCCGCGGGGCGCAGCCGGAGAAUAAACCCCAAUGAUCACGGGCUGAGUCCGCGCCGCCACCAUGUCCGUGGCCUUCGCGUCGGCGCGGCCGAGAGGCAAAGGGGAGGUCACACAGCAGACCAUCCAGAAGAUGCUGGAUGAGAACCACCAUCUGAUCCAGUGCAUCCUGGACUACCAGAGCAAGGGCAAGACGGCCGAGUGCACUCAGUACCAGCAGAUCCUGCACCGGAACCUGGUCUACCUGGCCACAAUAGCAGACUCCAACCAGAAUAUGCAGUCGCUGCUUCCUGCGCCACCAACACAGAACAUGAACCUGGGCCCGGGAGCACUGAGUCAGAGCGGUUCCAGCCAGGGCCUGCAUCCCCAGGGUAGCCUCAGCGAUGCCAUCAGCACAGGCCUGCCCCCUGCCUCCCUCAUGCAGGGCCAGAUCGGUAACGGUCCAAACCACGUGUCCAUGCAGCAGACAGCCCAGAGCACACUGCCCACAACCUCCAUGAGCAUGUCAGGCAGUGGUCAUGGUACUGGGCCUGGCUACAGCCACUCGGGACCCACCUCACAGAGCGUUCCCAUGCAAGGCCAAGGUGCCAUCAGCAACUAUGUAUCUCGGACCAACAUCAACAUGCAGUCCAACCCAGUCUCCAUGAUGCACCAGCAGGCAGCCACAUCCCACUACAACUCAGCACAGGGCGGGAGCCAGCAUUACCAGGGCCAGGCGCCCAUUGCCAUGAUGGGCCAGGGUGGCCAAGGGAGCAGCAUGAUGGGACAGCGGCCCAUGGCACCCUACCGACCCUCCCAGCAAGGCUCUUCCCAGCAGUACCUAGGCCAGGAGGAGUACUACAGUGAACAGUACAGCCACAGCCAGGGUGCUGCAGAGCCCAUGAGUCAACAGUACUACCCCGACGGCCACGGCGACUAUGCCUACCAGCAAUCAUCUUACACAGAGCAGAGCUACGACCGCUCGUUUGAGGAUUCCACACAGCACUACUAUGAGGGGGGAAACUCCCAGUACAGUCAGCAGCAGACUGGGUACCAGCAGGGCUCGGCGCAGCAGCAGACCUACUCCCAGCAGCAGUACCCCAACCAGCAGAGCUACCCGGGGCAGCAGCAAGGCUACGGCCCUGCCCAGGGAGCCCCCUCACAGUACUCGAGCUACCAGCAAGGCCAAGGUCAACAGUAUGGAAGCUACAGAGCAUCGCAGACGGGACCUUCUGCCCAGCAGCAGCGGCCUUACGGCUAUGAGCAGGGCCAGUAUGGAAAUUACCAGCAAUAAGGGACAAGCGUUGUCUUUGGACCCUUCACAGUAGUAUGUUCUGGACAAGCCAGUGGCAGUCCUGAUGAGUCAUGACAUGUUGGUUACCCUGCGCCCAAUGCCAUGUCUGCAUGUGAAGCAGGCUCAUUUCAUGCUGGGUAUGAUGCCAAGCGUGCACGACUGGCCGUGAUGGUGUGACUUAUUUGGUGCUGUGUAAAGUAUUGUAUAUCGAUACGAUGGAGAGGUUGUCCUGUUUGUGUCCCUCACCCCCUCCUCGAUGUUCUUAGCUAGCUUUGGGGGUCAUACUGCCAUCACAUGUUCUGUGGCCAGUGGUGAGACAAUAUCUAAAAGACCAUGGUCCAUGUUACCGUGAACAGACCCAGUGUGCCCCCCUCACACCUUUUUUGCAAAGUGGACUAUAAAUGUUCCUUUAACUGGCUGCGCAUAGCUUGACACACAUACGUACAACCCUGGGUGGCCAUCUUCCUGUGCCUAGAUGAGGCUUGGGGACACCUGUGUCUUGGGCUAGUUUCUUGUGUCACUGUAACAAAGAAAAUGUGCUUCAUGUGGAGAGACCGUGAGCUGUCCUCUCCAGAACUCACCCACUGCCUGUGUCUGUCCACUCCCUGUGAUCCCAAAAGUGUGUGGCUUUAUAUUAGACAAUGAAGAGGGGUCAGUGACUCUAUUCUGAGGAAACGUGUCCAUGAGGGCAGUGUGAGAGCAACCCACCCUAGGGAGGGCAGUGUUCUGCAGAGCGUGGCUUGCUGUCUGCCAGCUGCGUUGUGAGUAGUGUGGCUUUGCCCUUGUUUAUUUGAUGUCGUGUCAAGGAUUUGAGUAUGCCCAGUCCUAAACUUCAAGAGAACUGGAAGUACUGAUGCUAAAUUUUACAAGUUCAGAUUGUUAAGCAAGCAUUCCUUUGCAUUUAGGGAAAUCUGAAAUCCACACCGUAUUUUUAACAAAUCGAAAUAACUUUAUUAUGUUAUUUUAAAUGAAAAGUACAAGUUUUAUAUAGUGAAAUUUAGUGGGUUUUUUUCUUCUUUUUUUUUUUCAUUACAUCCCUAGAAUGUUCAAUCUCAUUUUAAUUCUGUGUAAAACAUGAGAAACAGCCUUUUUGGAAAGGUACGAUCAAAGGGAAAUACCACAUAUAAUGUAGCACUGGCAUUUCUCAGCUUUUAUUCGGACAAUAAUAAUCAUGUUACUAUGAAAGGGGGGGGACCUUCAAGAUAAGUGCUGGUGUAAUUCUAAGAAUAACCAAGAAGAUACAAAAAAACAAAAGCCCCAAGGAUCCAGGGCCUGGUGCAUCAGGCCUAACCAGCUUUUGUUUUGUGUUUUUAGACAAGGUCUUGAGUAGCCCAGACUGGCCUCAAACUCACUGUAUAGCUAAGGCUGACCUUAAGUUCAUGAUCCUCCUGCCUCCACUUCCCAAGUCCUGAGACUUCAGACAUGCACCACACCUGGCUCUACUGUGUCAGUUGAUAGUUUCUCAAAUAUGAAACUCACCUGUAGUUCAGUGGGUGAGGAUGUACAAGGCACUUUUGUGGGUUUUACUUGAAUUAAUCUUGACAGCCUUGCUGGGAAAAACAGAGCAAGGACUCUCCUGUAGAACUGAUACCAACAAAUGCAGGCAUGUAUGUCUUGUAGGCAUAGGGUUUAGGAAACCCUUAACACUGGCAAGGGCUGACCAUGUGACGGUAUUACCUUUACAGAAAUGAGUUUCUGAUCGCUCAGUGACAAGUAUUAGCAACUUCAUUUUAGGGGGUCAUCUCUUUUGCUCCUUUCUUUUCUGGAAAUUUUUAUAAAACUAGUCUACAAGCUCAAUUGGGGCCUAAAAUUUCCCAUUGAAAAUGUCGAAACAUUUUAAGUAACUGUGAAAAUGGUUUUUAUUCCUUGCCAAUCUGGGAAUAUGCCUUUUAUGUGUGUGUGUGCAUGUGUGUUUGCGUGUGUGCGUGUAUGUGUGUGUUAAGUGCUGUAUUAGUAUGUGUGUAUGUGUAUGUUAAACGCUGUAUUAGUGUGUGUGCGUAUAAGUGCUGUAUUAAUACUUUUUGAAAGAAAAGGACACUUAAAAAAUGUAUCACCCCAAAACUUCAAUCUGAAAUGUCUUACAUUAAGAAUUUCUUGAAUGUUGUGUAUAUAUUUUUAAAAGCACUUUGUGAAAUAGUUUGUACAUUUAUUUCCUAAUUUAUACAUGAUUUUGGUGUUAAUAUAUUUAAUGAUUAAUAAUAAUGUUUAUUUAAUGUUUUGUUCAUUUUUAUGUAAUUUUUGUGGGGAAAAGUGAUGCCAGCAGUUCUUUUCAUUGACUGUAUUAUAGCUUCUGUAACAUGAAUGUUUGGAAAGUCCUAGGCUGAAAUGAACCCCUUCCUGCAGGUGUGGUUGACUGUGCUUUGUUUUUUUAUGACUCCUCUUACGGAAGGCCAGAAAAGAUGAAAAGGGAGAUUUGGAAAUCGCUGCUCAUUCUUCUUCCUGUUUCCCAACAUCCGUCCAACACUUGGUGAACUUGACCAGCGAUGAUUGAGGUUUUCAGAUGUGCUGACAAUUACCUGCUGCUUGGCAGAAGCCCGGAGUCUGGGGCUGUGGUUGGAUGAACAAUGCCUCUCCAGACUUAGCUUAGCACAGUGGGAGACUGGAGAUGUCUGCAGAGGCACUGGGCGAAGGAGGGCGUUGACCAGGAAGGAAGGGUCUUCCUUUCCUGUAGUACCAGUUUUCAGGCGUGGGCUUCAGUAACGAGCGUCCAUUCAAAAUUGUAAAAAGAGGAAGACUUUCCGUUUUCAUUAAAACAUUUUUUUAGCCAUUA